AUGGGAGACUUUUCCUCGGGUCAGCUGCUGCACAAAGGGCACAGAGCCCAGAGGAGCUCCCCCAAAGACAGCCAGGCCCUGCCCCUCAUCCCGAACCCAGUGGUGUGUCUGGAAGCAGGGGACACGAUCCUUUUCCAGCUCAGCAUCAAUUCCCAGGAGCGUGCCUCCAGCCAUUACCCCGUCUACCAGAAGCAGCAUCUCUACAACAACAACCCAGGCUGGGAUUUCGGACCCUUCCGAAGGCUGGACCACCUGAUCCAGGAGACUCAGCUGAACAUCUCCUGGUUUGCCCAUGUUUUCCUGGAGCCCGGGACAUUUGUUUUCAGGGACAGCUCCGUUCAGGAGCACUUCCUGAUUGUGACAGUGAACGAAGCCAACGUGAGCUGUGACCCUGGGGCCGUGUCCUUCCAGCCCUCCUCCCUGUUCCAGCUAGCCAGACACGGCAUUCUGAAGAAGCAGGAUCUGAACUUGGCUCCCAGCUGGGCUGCAAUCACAGCGAUCCUCUUUGUCCUGGCCUUCCUCGUGGUGGUGCUGACUACCCUGGCCAUCAUAUUCCAACCUGCUGGCCCCAAAAUUAGCCCCCUGAAGAGCUGGAAGCCACGAUGGAGGAGCCUGGGGGAGCCACACAUCCCACCAGAGUACAUCCUCCUUAAGGACAGCCUCAAGUUCUAUCAGAUGCUUGGUCCUCGUGGAUCUGGAGAAGAUGCUGGCUCUGGAGAGAAAGGAGCAGUGCCUGGUGCAGGGAACAGCUUUACACGCGGGCUGCUGGAGGAUUUCAGUGUCCGCACCCUCUAUGACAAGCUGGAGGAUCAGAAUUUGCACCUGGCCUCUCAGCUGGCAAAGCACAGGAUGGACGUGCUGCUCUUCCACGACGGCAUCAGCCAGAGGAUCCAGAGCCUCGUGGACACGGUGCAAGCUCUGGACUGGGAAGCCCUGAAAACCUUUCCCAGGCCAGGGAUUUGUGGGCAGAAAGCUGCAGAGCAGAGCCGGGCAGCAGAGCUGAGGGAUGGACGCUGGAACAACUUCCAGCCAGGUGCCCCGUGGCAAGAGGUGACCGAGUUGAUGAGAGCUCUGGAAACGCUGCUUGGGGAUGCUCCUGGUGGGAACAGAGCUGCAAAUCCACAGAUGGAGCUCAAGAUCCAGGCACAGGCUGCAGCGGGAGCUGUACCCUCCCUGCACAGCCUGGGCAGUGAAAAUAAACCAGAAGAGCAGGAUCCUGAGCUGCCUCAGCUUUGGGAUCUGUUCAGCAGGAAAGAUGCUUUUUCCAGCCUGCCUGGGCACGAGCAGCACGGUUUAGAUCUCCAGUUGGUUUAUCUGACUGAGCUGGAGGUAGAGGGUCUGGUGGCAGCUUCCCCCCUUGCCAAGACCCUGUGUGACAUCAAGGAAGCUUUGGUGAACUUGCGGCACCCCUCAGCCCUUGACAGCAAACAUCAAAGCAGCCUGGGGAGCUCAGGCCUCCUCUGACUGCUGGAUUCCUGGGGUGAAGCCCUGCAGCUGGAACAAAGAGGAGCUGCACUCUCAGAGCACUGAAGGGACAGAAGCAG